AUGUUGAGAGUAGAUGAAGCACCUUGGUACGCAGAUAUCAUCAAUUACUUGGCCAGUUCCAUCCCACCGCCGGACUACUCAAGUCACCAGAGAAAAAAGUUCUUCACCGAAUUGAAGUAUUAUUUCUGGGAGGAUCCAAUUCUCUAUAGGCCACUUUGGGGGCUUCGAAAACAGCUACACAGAUUCUACAAUGAAGGUUCUACUGGCCUACACUGUUUAGAGACGCCUUUGAGUUUGUCAAGAGGUGUGACAGAUGUCAAUGCACUGGAAAUAUCUCGAGGAGGAAUGAAAUUGGACUAUGUGUCAAAAUGGGUAGAAGCAGUUGCACUGCCAACAAAUGACUCAAAGUUUGAGCAACUGUUGAAUAAAUAUGGCGUUAAACACCGUGUUGCUACCCCAUAUCAUCCACAAACCAGCGGGCAAGUUGAAGUAUCUAAUCGACAGCUAAAGAGAAUACUCGAGGUCAUAGUGAACUCAUCUAGAAAGGACCGGUCUAAAAAGCUGGACGAUACAUUGUGGGCUUACAGGACAACAUUCAAGACACCGAUAGGCAUGUCUCCAUACCACCUAGUUUUUGAAAAAGCGUGCCAUCUGCCACUAGAAAUGGAGCACCGGGCAUAUUGGGCUAUGAAACAGUUAAAUAUGGACUUGAGUGUCAUCGGUGAAAAGCGCCUACUGCAACUUAAUGAAUUAGAUAAAUUUAGAAUGGAAACUUAUGAAAAUUCAAAACUCUACAAGGAACAAACCAAGAAGUGGCAUGACAUGCAUAUUCAAAAAUGA